UCAGCGCUUGUUGUGGCUGUCCUGCGCUUCAUUCAGCUGAAGCCGAAGGUGCUAAAUCCUUGGCUGAACGUCAGUGGCCUGGUGGCAUUAUGCUUAGCCUCUUUUGGGAUGACCCUACUCGGCAACUUUCAGCUUUCCAACGAUGAGGAGAUCCACAAUGUGGGCACGUCGCUGACCUUUGGCUUUGGGACCUUGGCUUGCUGGAUCCAGUCUGCCCUCACCCUCAAGAUCAACCUGAAGAAUGAGGGGCGGAAAGUCGGGAUUCCACGAGUUGCCCUGUCAGGCAGCAUCACCCUCUGUGUGGUGCUCU